AUUUCCACGCGAACUCACACCGUCACACUGCAACACCUUCACGUUAAGUCACGCGCUGCUGCGAUGAUCGUUGAUUGGCUGAUUUUGUGUAAACACACGAUGGCAACCGCCUCCACCUGCUCUCAGGGAGCAGAGCUGACAGGUUCCACAUCGCUUUGUGAAAAUGACACGUGUUUGUGUGUUUGUGCCGUUGUGUUUGUUUUUAUCAUCGUUACAUCAUGUAUACGGGGCGGAAGUGUCUUUGUGGAAUAUAAUAAUCAACAAUAACGAGCCACAGGAUUUCAUUUUUCGCAAGACUUUGUAUUCCAACACUUCCAUCUUCUUGAAGUUUCAAGGAGAGGAGGCAGCAUGUAACCAGAAAAAGUUGGCCUUUAAUGUUAGUUGGUAUCUUCGCUCAUCCAUCUGUUACAAUGAAGUAUUCGGCACCCCUGACAGUGCAGCAGAAACCAUGCUUGGUUGUGAUCACAUGCUAAAGGAGGACUGGAGUGGCUUCUACAGCCAAGGCUACAUCUACUUCGACAGCUGUUCAGCUCUCCUCACCCCUAUGAUUUACUACAAAGAAUUUCAUCCAUUUCUGCCUCUCAAGCCUCAAGAAGACAAAAGCAUAAUCCAAACCAAACAUGUAUUGACAGAUAAACCGUAUUUUAACAUGGUUGCCAAAUCAUGGACAGACAGUCCCUAUUUGUUUAUUGUGAAGUUCGAAACACUGCAAUAUCCAGAUGAAAGUAAUAGAGAGACAGAGGAUGCAGCCAGCAAUUCAAAUGACUAUUUACCAGUUACAAUGACAGUAGAAAUGAAGGGUUCUUACGACUACUCCUCACCAGCUGACAGGCCUUUAAUGAUGUUCUUCAUGACUAUGUGCAUUGUGUAUGUGCUGUUCGGAGCUCUGUGGCUCCUCUGGCUAGCCUGUUAUUGGCGUGACCUGCUCAGGAUCCAGUUUUGUAUCGGUGCUGUAAUUGUCCUGGGCAUGCUGGAGAAGGCAGUGUUUUACUCUGAAUACCAAAGAAUCACAUACCAUGGAGCUUACAACCAAAGUGCUGUUAUCUUUGCUGAACUUGUGUCUGCACUGAAAAGAUCCCUAGCUCGGGUCCUCUUAAUCAUAGUCAGUCUGGGUUAUGGCAUUGUGAAACCUAGGCUAGGAACUACAGUACCCAAGCUAGUGGCUGUAGGCCUUCUUUAUCUGAUCUUCUCUUCUGUGGAGGGUGUUCUCAGGGUAACAGGGGGUUUCUAUGGCACAGUGGCUCUGAUUGCCAGUCUCAGUCUCUCUUUUACCGAUUCCUGUGUCAUUUGGUGGAUUUUCAUCAGUCUGUCUCAAACAACUCAGCUGCUGAAGCUACGCAGAAACGUGGUGAAGCUUUCAUUAUACCAGCACUUUACCAAGACGCUUAUCUUCUCUGUGCUGGCCUCUCUAAUAUUCCUCGUAUGGACAACCAGACAAUUCAAGUUUGUGGACUGUCAGUCAGUCUGUCAGGGCUGGAGAGAUUUGUGGGUGGAUGAUGCUUUCUGGAGGUUGCUCUUCUCCACCAUCUUGCUGGUCAUCAUGGUGCUGCUACGACCCUCUAUCAAUAGUCAAAGAUUUUCUCAUUCUCCACUUAUUGACGAGGAUGAUGAAGAAGAUGCAAAGGAGCCUAUGCUCAAUGAAGCAUUUGAGGGAAUGAAAAUGAGAGGAGCAAAGUCUGAGGCAAACAGCAGUAAGAAAGACUUCAACAAAGACAGCUCCCAGGAUGAAGACCUGAAAUGGGUGGAAGAGAACAUUCCAUCUGCUAUUGAUGUAUCUCUGCCUGUGAUUUUGGAUGACGAAGAGGAACUUCUCAAAACCAAGCUGGAGAGAUCCAAGAUGGAAUAGAACAAUGGAAAAGAAGUUGUGAUUGUCUUUUUAUAAUGGAAGCUAAGGACAUUCUCAGCAAUAUAGCAGUGAAUAUUUAUAUUUUUUCUAUGAAUGCAAACAGUGAAAAUGGUUCAUGGACCAGCUGUGAAACUUCAGUUACUGUGAAAAUUCAAUUAAAGUUUCUGCCUAUUUUAAUUCUUAAAUUGUAAUUUUGGCAAACAUUCACAUUCACGUUGCACAUAUUUAAAGAAGCCAUUCUUUAGACAUGCACUAAUAUUUUAUAUAAUAUAAUAUAUAAUAAAAUUGACUGCUAUGAACGUGUCCUCAGAGUGAAAUAUUUUGCUCCUCUUUCUCUUAUUUUCAUACCCAUGCUUUAUAUAGAAAUGUAUUUAAACAAUUGACUAGAAAUCACUCUACACAAGUUUAUUCAAAUAUGUCUAAUUAUUUUAUACAACAUGUUUCAUAUCACUAGAGAUAUGCAUCAUAAAGAGGCAGGAAUAAAGGAAAGAUCCUGAAAAUAAUAAAAAUAAUAAACUUUGAGGCUUGCUAGCAAUACACUCUGCUUACAUAUUUAUGUACAAGUUUAAAUCUUUGGCCAAAUUUGCACAACAUGCUAACAAAUUUCAUUCUAUGUUUGAAAAUAAUUCAGGUCAUUUGAAAUACAAAAUGAUUAUUCCUAUUAAUUUUGCAUUAAAAGCUUAUUUACAGACUUUUUGUUUUUUACAUAAAACAGCAGAACUUUCUGUUAUGUAAGAGUUUGGGCUUGUUAUUUGUUGAUAUGGACAUUUUUAUAUUUGUAUUGCCUUCGCUGCAUAGAGGUGACCAAUGAUAUUGUUUUCUUACUGUUCUUAUGGACAGUCUGAACACAUCCACCACAGACAUACUCAGUCACCUGAAGAACAGUUGAAACACUAUUUACUGAUGUCUUAUACAUAGAUGCAGGUGUCACUGAGUGAAGUUUCUGCAGCCUGUAUUUCAAUAAUGAAACCUUUCACAGAGUCACUUAGAUAUUUUUCUCCUGUCACCUUGAUCUAAAGUUAAAGUGAGCUCGGCCUGCUUAGAAUUUUUAUACAUCCUACAGUGCAUGGCAUAUUGUAAAAGUCAUUAUUAUUAGUUUUACCUUUUGUUUACUUUCAAGUGUCAUGGUAUGAGUGAAUUAUUGAAUGAGAUUAAAUGAUUUCAUCUUUUGCCA